CCACGCACGCGCAUUGUUUUCGUUAAUUUCGUUCUAAAGUCCGAUUUUGCUAACAUUAAACCGACGACGUUUAUGGUCAGACUGUAUUCAAGUAAUGAGCAGUGUGCACCAUCAAAAGCAGUUUAAUUACCAUUGUAUACAAACUCAUUGUGUUAUGUCUCCAGAUAUAAUUACAAAUAUUGUAUAUACAUCCAGUCCGUCUGCCGAUUGUGUUUUCAGACCGAUCGAUUUUACCCCAGCAGCAGUCAAUUAAGUAAAACUAUGGACUGGUUUCAACCGUCUGGUUCUAAAUCACCAGGAUCCGGCUUGUAUGUAUGUACAGUACGUUGAACUUCUUUCGCACCGUACGUAGCCAACCGUACCAAUUGGAAGUGCGGGGAAGGACAACUAACCAAACAAAACAGUUAUAAAGAAAUGAGUUUUCAAUCUAGAUUGAAAAGUGCAUUUAGUUCCAGUCGCUUCCCAAUAUCGCAAGGAAGAGCGUUCCAGACGGCCGCAGAAGCACAUGUGAAAGUGAGAGAUGCGGUGAAGGGAACUUACUGCUGGGUUGCGAGAAGAAGUUGGCAGGUUGUAGGUUAGUGAGAAAGCACCUGCAGUGAUGUGUCUACAGUGAAGUGGAAGGUGGAAACGUAACUGAAAGUUGUAUUUAAAAAAAAAAUUCCACAUGCGGAUUACCAGUUUUGUCAAUUAAAAGAUUAUCAGCGUAUCGAAGACUACCAUUGCCUCCAUUCUACGUUGGAACAGGUUAUUGCCCACUCGAGCUCACCUUCACAUCCCUUGUAUAGGAGACUUGUAAAUACCGCUGGGCUGCAAUCUGGUUAAACAGAGGGGGGACAUCCAUCAGCAGGGCAAACAUAGAUAACGUCGUUGCUUCUGUGGUUGGUGUCCACGUUGUUUUACACUCCGGGGUGAUCUUCUACAGAAGCCGCACCCGUCCACACCACCUCGGUGUUGCCUCACUCGACAAUCUCUACCCCCCACUUCUCUUUUGUUAUUGUUGUAGGCAAGAAUAAAAAAGCGACCGAACGCGGCCUGUCUCGUGGGCACCACAGACGCGAGAGGUUUGGGGGGAGCCGGCUCAGAAACGCAGAGAGAGGCAGCGCGCGCGCGCGGGAGUGAGGAGUUGAGAGAGGAGCUGGGAUUUCAGAAGAGAAGGGGGGGGGGGGGCUUUGUUUUAGGUGGCAUUGUAGGAGGAGGGAGGAGAGGCAGCAGGCGUGCUUUUGUCAUCACCGUCGCCGUGUCGCCCGCCUUCAGGUGACCGCUGCAAACGAGAGAGGGCGACCUGCAGCGGCAACCAGACGUCGUUGCUUUCAGAUCGCCACCGCAGGGGUGGCGCCAUGUGUGGCACCAUGCAGAGUCAGCAGGUCACGAUGCUGCUGAUGGUGGGCUCCGCCGCUUUCCUGGAGACCGUCCUCUCCACCGCCCUCUACCCCUUCUUCCCCCAGGAGGCCGAAAAAAAGGGGGCGAACGUGACCAUCGUGGGCAUCAUCUACGGAUGCUUCUCCGUCACGCAACUCCUCUCAUCGCUGCUCAUCGGGAAACUGGUGCCAUGCGUGGGAGCCAAGGUGCUGUUCAUCACGGGGGUCCUCAUCUCGGGCGUGUGCACCGUGAUGUUCGGGCUGCUGGACAAGGCUCCAAGCGGCACGGCGUUCAUCACCCUGUGCAUCGUGAUCCGUUGCCUCGACGGCUUCGGCACGGCCUCCGCCGACACCAUGUGCUUCCUCUACAUGGCCACCGCCUUCCCCAGCAACGUGGCCACCAUGCUGGGAAUGGUGGAGAUUUUCAACGGCGUGGGAAUGCUGCUGGGGCCACCCCUGGGCGGCCUGCUGUACGACGCGUGGGGCUACGAGGUGCCCUUCGUGGCGCUCGGCUCCAUCCUGCUGCUGCUCCUCGUCCCGCUAAGCCUGGGCGUCCUGCCCCGUGAUGUGACCGAGUCGGAUCCCGAGUCAGGCGGCUAUGUGAAGCUGCUGCGGGUCCCGACCAUCGCGAUCACGUCGCUGCUCGUGUGCACCACCGCGGCCUCCAUGAGCUUCCUGCGUCCGACCAUGACCAUCUUCCUGCACACAGAGUUCCAAAUGCCGCCCGGCAAGAUCGGCCUGGUGCUCCUCGGAUUCGCCUGCUCCUACGCCAUUUUCGCUCCACUGCUCGGCUACCUCAGUGACUCCUUCCCGGCCGUGCGGAAGAUGAUGAUGACGGCUGGAGUCACUAUCUGCUCCCUCUGCUUCCAAAUGCUGGGGCCAAUCCCACUCCUGCACAUAAAGAGCCAGGUGUGGCUGCUGGUUCUGGUUCUGGUCAUCAUGGGCAUCUGCCUGGGGAGCACCCUGGUCCCGGCUUACUCCAUCAUCCUGGAAUCGGCACACAAGGUGGGGUUUGCUGACAAUGCGGCGACGCUCGGGCUGGUGUCAGGAGUCUUCACCUCCAUGUGGUGCCUGGGGGAGUGCGUGGGGCCCGUGUUCGGAGGGCUCAUCCUGCGGGUGCUGCCCUUUGAAUGGGCCGCCUCUGUGCAGGGCGGCAUCCUCUUCGUCGUGGCUGUGGUUAUGCUUAUUUUCAGCUUGAGAAGCUACUGCUCCACAGAUGAAAGGGAGCGGCAGGAAGUCUCCGAGCCGGAGGAGUGCACGGUCAUAUCUCCGGACACUAUUUGCUAUGGGUCGACGAGACAUCUCGUGGUCCCUGCCGUCAACGAUGCCAAGCUUCACGUCGAUUACUCCUCGGGCGUCCGCCCACUCGCCGCAUCGUUGGCCGAGAGUGUUGCACGGACGCCCGCGUGAACACGGACACCGACGCUGCGUUGAUGGAACAAUGAGAAUAAAUGAGUAGCUGAUUUUUCUUGGUGUCACCAGUUGAUUUGCAUACACACAUACGUGUAUGUUGAACUUCUUUCGCACUGUACAUAGCCAACCGUGCUAAUCGGAGGUGCGACAGAUCAGUAUGCAUAAGCGAUCUGUCAUUAUUUCACCAUUAGCGAUAAAUACACAGGAGGCUAGCCUUCAAGGAAUCUCGGAUAAUGAAUUGUUAAAGAGUCAUGGAUGGCCGUCCACUACUGCAUAUCUAACAGUAGUCAUGAAUAAUAAGUUAUACUGUGUGUACAUAAAAAAAAUUGCUCUGUAACUUUUUGUUGCCUUGCAUUGUGGCAUGCAAAUCGAAUGUUAAGUAAAACUCUCUGGAACAUUU